AUGCAUCAAAUAAUUUCUUCCAUGUAUGGAGGCAUAACGUCAUGUGUUCGUCAAAAUUCAGAAUUAUCGGCAUUUUUUCAAAACGACGUCGGUUUAAUGCAAGUGAUCAUGCUUGUUAUGUUCAAAGAUCCAACAGUGUUGCCUACCAUACAAGAUGUGGAAGCUGGAGGCGAUUUUUCAGAUGCAAAAAACACAGCUUUUGUAGCAGCAGCUUUUGCAACAUCGGCUUUCUUUGCGUUGGAAGUUUUGACUCCAGCAGCUGUAGCACCGACCACUGUAGCCGCCGCGGUAAUACCAGCAAAUAUUAAAGAUAAUACCCUACAUGAUAACCUGGUCUAUUCAGUAUUUGUAAGAGCGUGGUAUGAUGAUAAAAGAUAUUAUGUUUAUAAAUCACCUGGUAUCACUGUUGUCUCUAAACCACCAACUCUGACUUAUUUAGGAGGAGCAGCUGUUAAAGAAUUAGAACAGACAACUGGUAAUAAAGAUAUUGACUACCAAAUAAACAACAAUACAAUAAUAGUUGGUUGGAAAGUUAAAUUUAAUGGUGGCAUUCAUGGUGUAGAUUAUUACCAGAUUUAUAUCAGUACACAUCCACAAGGUCACAAUAUCCAUAGGAGUGACACAAAAUUAUCGCCACAGCAGAAAUCAUUCAGUAUAUCUGGAGUAAAGUUACAAGAAGAUAAGAUAUAUUACAGCACAGUUUUAGCCUUUAACAAAGCUGGGUUAUGUAGCUGGAGCACCAGUGAUGGCAUCACAAUUGAUUCUACACCACCUUCAACUGGUAUCAUACAUGAUGGAUUAGACCCACACGACUCUGAAUACCAGUCAUCUGAUAGCUUGCUUGCUGCUUCGUGGUACGGUUUCUCUGAUAUAGGAUCAGGUAUUGUGAAUUAUUACUGGUGUGUUGGUAGACAGAAUGACUCCACUACUUGUGAUAUAUUACCAUGGACUAAUGUUGGUUUGAAAAUAAAAACCACUGAUAUAUCACCUAUGGAAUUGCAUUCAGGAGAUAAGAUCUAUCAUAAAGUAUAUGCUGUAGACGGUAGUGGUUUACAAUCACAAGUUGGUGUCUCUAAUGGGAUUAUUAUUGAUACUUCACCACCUGAACCAAGUUACCUGGAAUUUAUUGGAGAGAAUCUCAUCCUUAAUCCCUCAUUUGAAUCAAUAUCUGAUGACACAACAACUUCUUGUAAUUCUAACAUCCCCGAGGAUUGGUCUACAGAUUCACAAUCUUGUGUUAAAACUCGAUCAUCUCAACAUUCAACAGCUCAUGAUGGUGAUGUUUAUAUCUCUAUAACAGUUCAGAUUCAACAAACCAUUCAAUUUCUAGAUACAGAUUGUUCUUAUCAGCUUACUGUACAUGUUGGUUACCCACAUGACAUCUUAUUAUCACAUCAUAUAGUAGAAGGUUUUAUUAGAUUGGGACAUGAAAUAAACAGUUUUAAACUGAAUCCAGAUCUCUGUCAGGGUGAUAGUUCUGAACUUGUCGAUGUGAUUCAUUGGUAUAAAUUCACCUAUAUUUAUCAACCAAUAAAUACACGGGAGGAUUUAGUAAUUGGUACAACAAGAAAUAAUAUGAUAUUGGCAAUAGAUGAUCUAGAGCUCAGAAAAAUAAAUCAUGUAUCAUUGAAAGAUACCAACAAUAAUCAUAUAGUAUAUCACCCGACUUUUACACCUCACUGGUCUUCCUUACAUUUUAACUGGUAUAUUGAAGAUAGGAUAAGUUCUAUUGUGGAGUAUCAGUGGGCUCUAGGUACAGUGAAAGGUGGAACUCAGAUCAGAGAAUUUACAACAACUGGGUCUGUGAGAGGAGGAAAUGAUAUACAGAAGUUUACAAGAAUACAGAAAGAUGAGAAUAAAGCUAGUAAAGAAUAUACUGAGAGAGAACCUAUAAAAGUUUAUUCUACUAUUAGAUGUUAUAAUAAAGUUGGUCUACAAGUAACAGUUACAACUGAUGGUGUUCAACUCAUUGAUUCUAAUAAACUUAUUACUAGUAGUGGGCAGAUAACUCUUUUACCACAGACCACAACCCAAUAUCAUCUAUCACAAUAUUGUCUUUCACUACAACAGUCACUUGGUAUUCGCUGGCGGUUUGAUUCUAACAGCUAUAAGUCUACAUCAGUUAUGGAUCAGAAAAAACAUAUAUUCUUGUGGAAAUAA